AUCAACUAUUUAUAGAUUCUCAACCACAGCCCUCUUUUAUUCUUGUUUAUCAAAACGGGCCGAAGCAAAAUAAGAAAUCUUGUAUUUCCAUGUUCCCAUUCUACUUGUAUUUUUUUGUUCUACCUUUUUCGACUGUGACUGUUUGUGACUAUUGAGCUGAUUUUGUCUGGUUUAAAAAAAAAGAGAGAGAGCAGCACAUGAACAGAAACAGUACAGAUGAAGCGAGUGAUUCAUUUCCAGGAUCAAGAACCAGAAUGGGAAUUUAAAGCAAAUAAUGUAGAAAAUAAGAAGAGAAAAAAGGAGAAAUUCAAUAAUGGCGAAAAAAGAAAGAAAUUGAGUAAUGCUGACUACAAGAAGAAGAAAAAAGAGAUGCUUGACUUUAGAAAGCAGCUGCCUAUUUACUCAGGUCGUGAAGCCAUCAUUAAUGCUUUAAAAGAAAAUCCUACAGUUAUUGUCAUGGGAGAAACAGGAAGUGGAAAAACAACUCAGAUACCACAGUUUAUAGUGGAAGCAGGCUUAGCAUCAAAGGAACUGGGCGCUGUGGCGGUUACUCAACCAAGACGAGUGGCUGCCGUUAACUUGGCCAGACGUGUAGCAGAGGAGACGAUGACCAGAUUAGGUUCUAAAGUGGGCUAUACCGUCCGUUUUGAUGAUACAUCAAGUUCAGAGACGAUCAUCAAAUACCUUACAGAUGGUAUGCUGCUGCGUGAAAUUCUGUCAGACGAACUCUUGCUUCGAUACAAGUUUGUGGUUUUGGAUGAGGCACAUGAACGUACCCUGAGAACGGACAUGUUGUUUGGAAUGAUAAAGAAGAUCCAAAGAAUACGUGAAGAAAAGCAUAAGCGCGGAGAAGCGGGCAUAGAACCAUUGAAGGUAGUUGUGAUGAGUGCUACUUUGGAUGCAGAAAAGUUUAGCGAGUUUUUCAAUCAUGCCAAGAUUCUCUAUAUUUCGGGUCGACUUUAUCCGGUGGAUACUCUAUUUACGACAGAACCACAGGCUGACUACAUUGAUGCUGCCCUUGUCUCCAUCUUCCAGAUCCAUGUCAACAAUCCCAAAGGUGAUAUUCUUGUAUUUUUACCGGGUCAAGAAGCUAUCGAAAGUUUAACGGCGCUUGUCAACGAUUACGCUUCUCAGUUACGGCCAAACCAACAAAAGCUACUGACUUGCCCUCUCUUUGCUGCACUACCUCCAUCACAGCAACAAAAGGUAUUUGACCCUGCACCAGAGAAUACGCGCAAGGUGGUCUUGGCCACCAAUAUUGCAGAGACCAGUAUCACUAUUUCUGGCAUAAAGUAUGUCAUCGACUGUGGAUUGGCUAAACUUAGAGGAUUCAAUCCCAAGAUUGGUGUAGAGUCUCUUUUGCUCCAUCCCAUUUCUAAAAGUUCAGCCUGGCAGAGAACAGGUAGAGCCGGAAGAGAACAGGCUGGUGUUUGUUAUAGAUUGUAUACAGAAGAGACCUUUAGGGAACUAGAAGAUGACACUGUGCCCGAAAUUAGACGAUGUAACUUGGCCGCUGCUGUUUUGGCGUUGAAGGCGUCAGGUAUUGAAGACGUCUUGGAUUUUGAUUACAUGGAUCGACCUUCAAGAGCGUCUCUUGUGCGUGCGCUAGAAGAACUUUAUGCUUUAGGAGCUAUUAAUGAUCAAGGUCAACUAUCCGAAUUGGGUAAACAGAUGGCCGGAUUCCCGUUGGAUCCCAUGUUCUCCAAGGUGCUUAUACAGUCAAAAGAGUAUGAGUGCACCUUAGAGGCAAUUUCGAUCAUUUCAUUGCUGUCGGUAGAUUCUAUCUUUUUUACACCGUCGGAUAAAAGAGAGCAAGCAGCCGAAGCGCGGAAAAAGUUCAUACACCCUGACGGCGAUCAUUUAACACUACUUAAUGUACUAAAGUCAUAUUGGGAAGUCAAAGGGGACAUCGAAUGGUGCAGAGAGAAUUUUAUUAAUAAUCGAAAUAUGAAGGUGGCUCUGGAAGUACGUGAUCAACUUAUUCGCUUUUGUGAGCGCAUAGAUUUGGAUCCCAACAGUUCUUGCGGAACAGAAACUGAUAAUCUAUUAAAGUGCUUCAUCACAGGCUUCUUUCAAAAUACAGCACUUCUUCAACCUGAUGGUUCAUACAAGAGUGUGACAGGUGGUCAACUGAUCAAGAUUCAUCCUGGCUCGGUCAUGUUUGGCAAACGAGUUGAGGGUAUAUUCUAUAAUGAACUCGUGUUCACAACAAAGCAUUAUGUACGAAAUGUGUCUGCUAUACAAUCUGCUUGGUUGCCCUUAGCAGCGCCAAAGUAUUUCAAUAACAUGAAAGCAUCUGUAUCAUAAUAAAGCAUCCAUCUUUAAAAAUCUCUAGUUUCUG